CACAAAGAAAAAUAAACAUGACAGACUGAUUAUGUGUCAUUUUAUUAUUUUAAAGUCAUUUUCCUCACAAAACGAAAACACGUCUCAAUAAAUAAAAAUUUUCCAUUCUUCACACAGUCACAAAAAUGGAUAAAAAUAAAACCCACCCGGCUAUCAAAAAAAUCCUCAACUACGAUGUUCAACUUACCAAAUCAUUGGUCUCCUUCCUCCUCAAUUUUGUUGCUUUUCGUUCGGUGAAAAACCACUGCAGACUUUUGGAGAUCUCCUGUCAUGGAAUUGCUUGGCUAGCCAGUUGGAUGGCAUUCUGUUGGAUGAUCAACAGUCCUUCUCUCUACAAUAUGCAAAUUAAUAUGCUUUUAGGUCUAAUAGUUGACAUUAUAAUCGUGGCUGUAAUUAAAGCAGCAACAAGACGCCGACGACCUUCGGCCGAUGUUGAAACUGUUGGUUUUGGUCCGGAUAAAUUUAGUUUCCCAUCGGGACAUGCUUCAAGAGCUUUUUACAUUGUUGGUUUCUUUACAAUGCUGUAUCCAUUGCCAAUGUUUAUGUGGCCAGCAUUGAUCGUUUGGGCUUCGGGAGUUGCUGUGUCUCGUUUGCUCAUGUAUCGUCAUCAUCUUCUCGAUGUUUGUGCUGGAAUACUUUUGGGAAUGUUUGAAACUUUGAUAUUGUAUGUAAUUUGGUUGGGACCUGAAGUCACAAAAUCUAUAAUGCUGAGUUUGUCGGAAGAUUAUGUUCCUGGAGGAGCUGAGUGAUUCACGACUCUGAUUCAUAUCUUAAGUUUUUGUCAUUAGAAUUAUAGUCUUGUCUAUUAAAAGGCAUUUUAAAGAAUAUCAAAACCAAAAUUAUUGGCAAUACUAAAAAAAAUAUAAUUAAUUAUUAUUUUGUAUUUACUUUAUUGUUGACAAUAAAAUUGUUAAGUCAUGUAUAGUCAUUUGUAUAAA